GGCGGCGGCGCACCGGCGCGCGGGCUAGCGGUUGGGCACGGGGGCGAGCGGGCUAGCGAGAAAGAACAAGCGCAGCUGCAGAUCACGAUUCCAAGCGUCUUUCUUCUCUUCCACCCGUUGCAGGAAUUUGCCUCAUCUGAAUGACCAAUGUCCAGCGCUGUUGUCUGUUCAGUCAGAGGCUGGGGGAAGGAUCUUAUCGGAUCAAAACUACGAGAGGGAUUCUUCUUAUGAAAGACAAUGACUACCGAUGAGGCCACCAAGAACGAUGGAGAGAAUCCAGCAGUUGCUCUUGCUGAACAAGGGGAGGACAUUACUCCCAAGAAGGACCGAGGUGUCCUAAAGAUUGUCAAAAGAGUGGGGAAUAAUGAGGAAAUGCCAAUGAUUGGAGACAAAGUUUAUGUCCAUUAUAAAGGAAAAUUGUCCAAUGGAAAAAAGUUUGAUUCCAGUCAUGAUAGAAAUGAACCGUUUAUCUUCAGUCUUGGCAAAGGUCAGGUUAUCAAGGCAUGGGACAUUGGAGUUGCCACCAUGAAGAAGGGAGAGAUCUGCCACUUACUUUGUAAACCAGAAUAUGCAUAUGGCUCUGCUGGCAGCAUCCCCAAAAUUCCCUCGAAUGCAACUCUCUUUUUUGAGAUCGAACUACUUGAUUUCAAAGGAGAAGAUUUAUUUGAAGAUGGAGGUAUUAUCCGCAGAAUCAAGCAGAAAGGAGAAGGUUACUCAAACCCAAAUGAAGGUGCAACAGUAGAAAUCCACCUGGAAGGCUCUUGUGGUAACAGGACAUUUGAUUGCAGAGAUGUAGUAUUUGUUGUUGGAGAAGGGGAAGACCAUGACAUUCCCAUAGGAAUUGACAAAGCCCUAGAGAAAAUGCAGAGAGAAGAACAUUGUAUUUUGUAUCUUGGACCACGAUAUGGCUUUGGAGAGGCUGGGAAACCUGAAUUUGGCAUUGAGCCUAAUGCUGAACUUGUAUAUGAAGUUAUUCUUAAGAGCUUCGAAAAGGCCAAAGAAUCUUGGGAGAUGGACACCAAAGAAAAACUUGAACAAGCUGCUAUUGUCAAAGAGAAGGGAACAGUGUACUUCAAGGGAGGCAAAUACUUGCAGGCAGUGAUUCAAUAUGGAAAGAUUGUAUCCUGGUUAGAGAUGGAGUAUGGUUUAUCAGAAAAGGAAUCUAAAGCAUCUGAAUCCUUCCUGCUAGCAGCUUUCCUUAACCUGGCCAUGUGCUACCUAAAGCUUCGGGAGUACACCAAAGCUGUUGAAUGCUGUGAUAAGGCACUUGGACUGGAUAGUACCAAUGAGAAGGGCCUGUACAGGAGAGGUGAAGCCCAGCUGCUUAUGAACGAGUUUGAGUCAGCCAAAGGUGACUUUGAGAGAGUACUGGAAGUAAACCCCCAGAAUAAGGCCGCCAAGCUGCAGAUCUCCAUGUGCCAGAAGAAAGCCAAGGAGCACAAUGAGCGGGAUCGCAGGAUAUAUGCCAACAUGUUCGAGAAGUUUGCAGAGAGAGAUGCAAAGGAAGAGGCUGUUAAGACAGUAGGUGAUAAGAUGCCAGAAGGGGUCCCAUCUAAGAAGAACCAACCUGUAGAAGAGCCAAUAAUGGAAGACAAGGACUUGGAAGGCCAUGUAUGACAGAGUACAAAAGAGGGAGAGGGAAUCCUAAUGAAUUCAGCCCCCUCCUCAAUGACUUCUACAGAACUCAGGACUAAACAAUGUUUCUUGUCAAGUUUGUUGUAGUCUGUGUGAUUCUGGACACAAGCAGGCAAACUCGUAGCUUCCCAGAAAAUAGCCCCCUGCUGCUGCCCAUUACCUUCACUGAAAGGGUCAUGUGGGACCACUGCAGGUGGUACAAAAAAAUAGAUGCAGCUGUUGGGGUGAGGAAGUUGGACCAGCCGCUUGAGUCCCGCUCAUUUCAGUUCAUGUCCCAACUUUUUAUAUCCAAGUUAGAAUACUCUAAGACCCUAGCAAUUUGGAGCUAUUUGUUUGGAUCAUACAUCUGGUGAUCAGACUUUAGUUACACUGUAAAGGGGCUUAGAAUAAUUUGGAGAAUCUCUCCUUUUAUUGGGCUAUGAUCUACAUCUUUGGAGGGAGCUCCCAAACCAAUGAGACCACACCUUGCAAAUCUCUAACUAAUGUCAUUAACAGUGUGAAUACCAUUAAAUGAAUAAUUUAGAACAAUUCAACAUUUAUUAAGCAUGUACUAUGUGCAUAGAGCAUUGGGGUGGGUGUGGGGGGAAAAAGUAAAAAUAAAAUUGUCCCCUACCUUCAUGAAAGCAAGUCUAGUAAGACGGGAAGAGGGAUGUGAGAAUGAUGAAGUAUAUACAUACCAGUAGCUACAGUGCAGAACUGAAAGAGACAUAUGCAUAGGAGAGGUACAAAGAGAAGUGAUACAAGAAUUCCCAGGAUGGAAAAUUCAUCCCAACUGGGGUCACUAGGAAAGCUUCACUGUAUAGGCUUCAUUCAACCUUCAACCUUAUUUGUGUCACUUUUUAAAAUCUUAAGACAAUAUGGUCAGUUAUCUUUUAAAAUACUUUUUUAUUCUUGUCAUUCUUUUAAAAAUACCAAACCAAGCCGCCUCUCUGCUAUUGGUUUCUAAACCUGAAAAUCAAACUUCUUUUCCUGUAAAAUUUAUCCUUCAUUUGAGCAAAUGUGAUAAAUCUUUACCUGGGGUGUUCUGCUGUGAUGAUAACCAAAGCCAUACUGAUCAUUUCUCACUUAUUUUUUGUAUCUUCACCAAAUAUUUCUUUAGGAAACCCCAAACUCACUUGAGAAAAAUGAAAAGCGAGUUUUUCACUUUGCUCAUUGGUAUGGUUGGUUUGUACUGGUGAGCUCAACAGAUUAAAGCAUGGUGCUAAGAAGGCCAGAGCUAAGGAUUUGUUUCCAUACAAUAUAGUUAGCUCCUCACAAGGAGAAAUUUUGUGUGGAGCAGGAUCAGCUACAGCCAACUGUUUCCCAAACUGUGCUUCUAGUUACAAAGAGGACUGGGUAAGUUUGCGAAGGGUUUAGAACAAACCAACAUUACUAAAGACCCAUCCCUACUGCUGGAAAACAGUUCACAUACCUGGCAGAAUCAAUAAUGUUGUCUUUGGAUGGCAAGGACAGCAUGUUUUAUUUAUAUGAAUAAAAUAGAAGUCAUUGAAGCAUCUCUCUAUAGAUGGAGUACAGAGUGGUGAGUCUACUUCUCAUAAACAGGAAAUUAUUUUGUAGACUUGAGAAUCCCUUUUUUCAAUUAAAUUCAAUAGAAUAAAUGUUGUUCUUUUGGGAUGGAGCAGAAUUGUAACUUGAGUUUAAGUAAACUUCACAAGAGAAAGUGUUUUCUCAAAUUUUGUUCUUAUGUCCUCCCCCCCCCCCAAAAAAAAGUUGGUGAAGGGGAGUGAAGGAGGGAAGAUAAUGGAAUAAUAUCAAUAGAAUUAUUUGUGUUUAAAAAAUAAAUUAGAAUACAUUCUA